UCUCCACACUCAGAGCAUCCGCCCAACCGUUCGGAUUGAGCCCUCUUUUCCGGAAAAAAUAUAAUCUCUCCCAUUUUCCUCUAAAAUCUGGAAAGAUUAUUCCUUAGGAGAGGAAAGAGCUUCCUUUUCUACUCGUCGCUGACAAAAGAAGCGAGGCGUUUGUUUCUUGCGAAGGACUUGUGCUUUUUUCAAUAGAGAGCUAUGGGUUGCGCCAAUUCAAAGACGGGAACUACGGGGGCGUACGGAGCCCCCGAAGAGGAGGCAGCGGGUGGAGCUGCUCCGAAAGUGAUGGUGGACGGAGAGGCUCAAGAUGGUGCCGUUGCUGCAAAUGGAAAUGCUGUCUCUUGCGCCAAUGGAGCUGAAGACGCCACAGCCGGCGGAGAGAAAGAGGCUUGUAAUGGCGACGCCGGCAACAACGACGAGAGUGAUGCUGCGCCAUCUGGCGGCGGUAACACUGAGCAAAAUGGCGGCACUGGAGAAGAAGCGGACAAAUCGAUCCAAGAUGGCGCCGGAGAGGAAGAGAACAAGCAGGAAGAUUCGAAAGAUGAGGAGGAGAAGAAUACAGAGGAGGCAGCGACAGAGAGCAGCGAAAACGCCGAAUCUAGGGAAAACAAUGACGAGGAGAAACCCGAGUAAAAAUUACAUAUUACAAUUGAAGGGAAGAAAAGAAAGAAAACAAAUGCAAAAUGGAGACAAAAAAAUCGAACUUAGUUUUCCUUUUUUUGGUAUUUUGUUUAAAGUUUUCGUUUGAUAUCCAAAGAUGGUUAUUGCAUUAGAAUGUUUAAUAAAAUGCCAAAGAUAGACUGGAUAGGUUAUGUAUGCACCAGCGUAUCGUUAGUUAGCAGUAAAAAUUUUAUUCAAUUAAAAAUCUUUCAUGUUUCAGACAUAGAUAUCAAUGAAUAAGUGACAAACGAUCUCUUUUUCUAAAAAUAAAAUUAUAUCAUAAAAAUAUGACUACAUGCAAUUUUUAAUUAAUUAAAAUAUUUUAGAUGAAGAAUUAAGAAAGCAUUUUGAAUUAAAAAUUUUAAAAAAUUAAUCUUCUAGAAUUAUUCCUUUAUGAACUUUUUUCUUUAUUUUAUGAGAAAACGUAAAAAAAAAUAUAUAUAUAUAUAAAGUUCUUUAAACUCAGCUUACGCUCCAUUUUAUAAUUAAAAUUAGUUUUAACUAUUCGCUUUCGCGAACAAUAUUUGUAUAAAUGGUUAAAAAUAGUUUAAAAUGUGAAAAUGUUGCUAUAAUCUAUAAAUUUCACAAGUUUUCACUCAGUUUACGCUGGUGAAUGCGAAACCAAUUCUAAAUGAAUGAAUGAAAAGAUUUUUAUAUAAAAAAACAGACAUUGAUAAAAUUCCUAAAAACAUGAAGAACUUUGCUGAAGAAUGGUGUUUACAGAUUCUUGCUCAGUGUGGAACUUUGAACUGAAGGUAGGAUAUGUUCGAUUCUGUGCGAAUGUGCCAAGCUAGUAUAUUUACCGGGAAAUGAAACUAAAAGCUAAUCUACUUCAUAGAAUGGCGUCUAUCUCAGAUGGUAGACGAAUUGGAUUAAAAAAAAAUAUUGUUCUUUUUUCCUUAGACUCUGGUCAAGAAGGCUCAACAAUUUUGAAGCUACUUCAUUGUCAUGUAGGAAUCAAAGAAAGUGAUUAAUAGUUAUCGCAACCAAAUAGUUUAAGUCUGUUUACGCUAAACUAUUCGAAACAAAGAUCAAAAUAAAUGAUUUAAACUCAAAUUAUAUUUAAAUUUCUUUAAAUCCUUUGCAGGAAUUAAUUAAAAAAAUAACUUCUAAAAAUCGUUUCUAAAUCAUUUAAAAAAAUUCUAAAAAUUGUUUGUAUAAAUUAAUAAGAUAAAAUUCUAAGUGUCUAUUUACUCAAACGGUUGGGUGAUUUUGUAAAAAAAAAAUUGUAAAUAUUUAAAAAAAAUCAUAAUUCUGCAAAUAUUUCGAACAAUUAAUUUUUACAUAUUUAUCAAAAAUGUCAAGACUUGGCAAUAAAUUUUUUUAAAAAAAGUUCAAAAUUGAUUCUUAUUAGAACUUUCAAUUUUAAAUCACGAAAUUUCAGCUAAAGAAAUAUUUAAAAAAAUGAUUUUGGGGAAUGACAUAUUAAAAUUUAUAUUUUGACUUUCUUAUAAAGCAUUUUUUCUGAUUAAUAGUUAGGAAAUGUUCAUAUUACUUUUUUGAAACCAAACAAUUAUUGUUUGCAUUUAUUUUAAAACUAAUUAAAAACGUAGUGUCAUUGUAAAUUUCACAUUGCAUUUUAAGCAUUGUAGGUUUAUAAUUCAUCACAUCGCUUUAAAAUACACUUUCAAAAUUAUCAGGGCAAAAUUUUGAAUUAUGCUAGUGAGAUGUUUCAAAACAAUUGGGCUGCAGGCUCAUUCAGUGGUGUGAUAACUAUUAAUUACCUUUUACACGUCUACGUCCAAUUUUUAACUGUGCAUAUCUUCGCAUUCUGAACUAACUACUAUAGUUGAUCGUGCUUGUUUGUAUGUGAGUGUCUGUUAAUUGUCUAUAUGCUGCAAGAUAAAAGGAAGCAAGAAAGAAUACCCUGCAAAAGAUAAAAAAAAUUGGAAAAAUGCGUUGCCAAGGGCGACCAUCCAUUUUUAGAAUAAUUUUUCGCUAUGUUUAUAAAUAAAAAAAGGGAUUAAAGGGAAAUAGAAUCUUAAAAAAUACACAAUAGAAUAAAAUUAACGUAAAAAUUAGGAAUUGAAACUAAAUUUCCAACGAUAAAUAUAUUAAUUUAUGCAUUCUUGCAAAUAUCGUUUUCAAUCAUCCUACAUUUUUAUCUGAAUAAAUUUAAUUUUAUUGAAUACUUAGAUAUAUAUAAAAUAAAAUAUGAUUUCUAUGCAUUUGGAUUUUAGAUUAAUUUCUGUAUAUAAUUAUAGGUAACAUGAAAUUAAUGUCAGCAAAUUCAAAAUUAUGACUAAAGCAUUGAAGUUCAUUUUUACAAAAUGAAGAAACUUAAGCUUUAAUAUUUCAACAUGAUAAAUUACAAUAAAGAUCAAUGAUAUUAAUUCUUUUUAAUUUUUAUUAACAAAAAUAAUUAAAUAGACCUUUUAAAAGAAGAAAAUUAAUCAAAAAUGAAAUUGUUUUCGAAUUUAAAUUGUUUUUGAAUAAGUAAGAAACAAUUAUGAAGAAAAUAAUAAUUAUAAAAAUUCUAAUUUUAAAUUAUUAUGUAUUCUUUAGGAAAACGAACAAACAGCAAAGUUUAGUGAAGUAAAAAAAGGAGCUAAUUCUAUUAAAAACGAAAUAACAUUUCUGUUUAAGAAAUGUUUCUUAGAAAAUGGAUGGUCGAUUCGGUAUAUGGUGAUUUUUUAAGCAAACAAUUAAUAAAUCGUCCAUACAUACCUUUAAAUCUACUUACAUGAUAAACGACCAACUUUAAUAAGCAAUUUACAUCAAUUUUAAUAUGAAUAAAUUUUUUUGCGAAACUAAACUUUACUAAAAAAAGAAAUAGAUGCUCUGUAUUAUUCGUUCAAUUUUGGACACUUAAUGCCUUUCAAGUAAACUAAAUUUUGCGUGAAUGAUUUUAAUCACGCAAUCCAUUAAAUAUUGCCUCAAUAUUUAAUAUACAUUUACACUUAAGAAUUUAUUUGGAAAUUUUACAAACAUUUUAGCUUGUAUUUGAUGCUCAAUAUGUAUUUGAUUUUUUUAGCAGUGAUUUGGAUUAUCAUAAUAAUUCCAUGUGUAUAAAAAAGGCACACAAUUGCUCAAAAUUACUUAUUGCCAAGAUUCAGUAUCUUAAAUAAAAUAUUCCAUUUUUUAUUACUAUUAUUCUCAAACGUAUUGCUACUUAUUAGCACUAACUGCAAUAAACCGAUUUGAAAUAGUAAAUAUUACCAUCACAUCAUUAAAGAUUUUUCAUCUGUUUUUUUUAAAAUAAUUUUUACUUUAUUUUGUAUAUUUCUAAAUUUUUAUACUAUUUCAUAUUUUGCAAUUUUUUUAGUUUUUUUUUAUACUGAUAGAAAAAUGCCGUCUCGUUUUCUUGAGGACAAUGCAAGAAAGCAAGACCAGUGAUUUGGAAGAAGCAUUUCACUUUACAUCAUUUUUUUAUUAUAAAUAAACAUCACAUUUAAGAAAAAAAGUGAUAAAAAAUUUCUAUAAUGGCACAAUUUAAACACACACGUGAGAAUAGAUAGAAGUUAAAUAACACAAGAUUAAAACUAAAAGUUGAAAUAAUCAAAGACAAUGCUCAAUUCGAGACUUCUAAAUUUUUGAAAAAAAACUUUUAGACUAUAGAUUUUUUUCUUAAAUCUGCUUAUGUUAGAAUUAUUAGAAUGCUUACUUUAGAAUCUCAGGUUCAAUUUUGAUAAUUAUAUUAGUUCUUCGCAUAUUAUAAUAAUAUUCUAGCAAAUCAAGGCUUUAAAGUUAUAUACUAUUUCAAUUUCAGUAAGUAAUAAAUUAUACUGUUGUAAUAAAAUUUUUACCUCAAAGACAAAAAUGGCACCGAGAAUUUGAAACGUAAAAGGUAAUUACCAAAUUUUUACACCAUUUCUUAUUAAAUUUACGCUAAAUCAAUAAUAAAAAUUUCUAAAUUCAAUUCAAUUACCUUAACAUAAUAGUUUCAUUAUUUAAAAAAGUAACAAUAUUUCUUCAACGUGCGAAUAAUGCCAGGAAACUUCAAACUCGAAUGAAAUAGCUUUUGUAUCAUUUGAGAACACACGUUACUUUAGUUCCAAUAUUUUAUGCUACAGAAUUUUUUAAAUGGUGAUGCUAGCAUCUGUCCAUUUCAGAUAAAGCAUUUACAUUUACAUUAAUGCUUAUUUAAUUAAAAAGGUACAGAUGGUGCUUUUUUUCCACAUACGUAGACUACUGCUGAUAAUUUAUACUGAUUCAUUAAGUAGGAGUUUUAGGCGUAGUUAUUUAGUCUUUCAAUUUUGUUUUGCUAAUAAAAAAAUCCGAGAAGCCCACAUCGGUGAGUAUAUAUAUAUAUAAAUAUGUAUGUAUACAAAUGUAUGUGUUUGAUUGUAUGUAUAGUAUUGCUCAAGUUGUCUUUUUCCGUAACAUAAUUUUUAAUCAUUUUGCACAAGAAAAAAAAAGUAAUAUUGAAAUUCUUUUUAUUAAAAUAAUUCUAAUAUUUAAAUACGCACAAGGUUGAAUUGGUACAAUAGCUCAAAACUUUUUUAUGUACUCUUGUGUCGAAUAAUGCUCAACAAUCGAACAAAUUUUUUAUUUCAAAGAUUUUAUAGAGAAAAAAAUUCAACAAUAAAUGUUAAGUAGAGACUUACGUCCAUGUUUUUAUGAGUAGAAUUUUUUUAUUCGAUUUAAUUUAAGCGUUUAGGCAAACAAAAGGCGAAGUGCUUCGUUUUUAGUUUAAAUAUAGGAGUUUGUGCUUGAGCAAUUCUAUGACGUAAGAAAACCUUAUUCUGUGUUUCCGUUUUGUACAGUAUGAUGUAUCCUUCCAGCAUCUUAGUUUAUAGUUGUACAUAAUAAAAUUGGUGCUUAGUUUCGAACAACAGCUGGUAUGUGUGCCGAUUUUGAUACCAAAAGGUGCUACAACAUGUAACAAAAUAUUUAUUUGCUGUAAAUGUUUUAUUAUUUCUUUCAACUAUAGUUACUGAGCAAUAGACUGUAUGAGCACUAGACUAUGCUGUACAUUUUUUCAUUAGUUUUUGAGUUCAUCUGUACUACUGGAUGGAAUUGUAGCAAUGGAAUUUUUAUGUGUGCUUCAUUAUGUUAUCCUUAUACUAUUAGUUUCAUCUUACAUCAACUAAUUCCUAGGGACUUUAUACUCGAGAAAUCAUUGAAAACUGUACAUCUCAAUCAUGUUAUUAACAAUAAAUUGGCACUGUAAUUAUAAAGUAUCAUUUAGAAUUCUAAAAACAAUAAAAAUGGAUAAAAGACAAAAGAAAACGAUGGAAAUCUUCAGCAUAUAUGUAUCAUGCUUUACUACCACUUUGUACAAACUGAAAAAAAAAAUAAUAUUAAUAAUAAAAAUGUGUUAGUAGGAAAUUGAUUUCUUUUCCAACAUUUCACGUAGAAUGAGACUGUUUCUAAGACUAAACUUGCCCAAGAGAAAACAAAAAAACAACAGGCUAGCUUGAUUCCCAGAACUUAAGAAAUUCACGUAUUCUGUACACGCUGUUGGAUGUUUUUCGAAGCAGCAUGUCGAAUGACCACCCCACCCCUACCCGUACGAAAUGCUUGUUCAUAAUUUUGGCUCCAUUGUCAGUGUGCUGCCGAAGUUUCCCCCUCAAGUGUUCUCGUUUCACAAGUUAUUUGUUGCAGAAGCAUGUGAGAAUUUUUUCUGUAUAUGAUGAAUUUGAUCUUUUUAUCUAAUAAAUGGUUUUAAAAACA